GCCUUUUUACUGUUGGCAGUAUGAAAUGUCUGAAUUACAUGAAUUGAUGCAAUUACAUUCUUGAAAGUUUGAAACUUUGACAAGAGCUGCUUACCUCAGCUUGAUUUUAUUAUUAUUCUAUGCGGAGUAGUUAUUGUCUGGUCUGCAAUGCAGUGUUUUCUAUUUGUUUCUUAGCUCCAUCAAAUGUCAAUCGUGAUCAAGAGAUGUCAGGAUACGUGGGAUAGAACAAAACUGCCACGGCUUCUGGUGAGGAUGAUCUGAAGAUCUGAGGAAACAUUCUGUUUUGUUCUUCUGUGAAAACACUAUUCCUUAAAGAAAGAUUCGAUUUUUACUAUUAUAUAUUAUAAAGAGAGUAUGAAGGUGCUAUUUGGGAGCCCAGGGACUGUGAGUGGGCUGUUUCUAAGGAUUGGGCAGUCUGUGUUUGCAGCUGUUUCAAUUGCGGUGAUGGCUUCUGCUCAUGGAUUCUCUAUUGCCACUGCUUUCUGUUAUUUAAUUGCGUCAAUGGGGCUUCAACUUUUGUGGAGCUUCACACUUGCUUGCCUUGAUGCUCAUGCUUUGAGGGUGAAAAGAGACAUGCACAAUCACGUCUUAGUGAGCCUGUUCGUCGUUGGUGAUUGGGUGACAGCCACUUUGUCCCUAGCUGCUGCGUGCUCGUCAGCUGGCGUGAUGGUUUUGUUCGGCAGGGACACAACGAUUUGCGAGAGAAUGGAGGGCCUAUCGUGCUCCAUGUAUCAAGUCUCGAUCACGCUGGCUUUCUUGUCCUGGUUUCUCCUCGCCUUCUCUUCUUGCGUCAUGUUUUUGCUCGCUGCCUCGAAUUAGGUACACUGCGGUUAGCUCCUCCACGCACCAUAUUGAUUGUUCAACCGCGGGUUGUGAAUAUUUACCGAUUUUGGCAACCUCUAUAUAGGUAUAGAGACCAAAGUUUCAAGCUUGUUUUAUGAAGCUUUUUGAUCCCUUCUCAUUGUUGAUCUAUGACAGACAAUCAUGUACAGAUACCACAAUAGUUCAUUUCAAGUCUUUUCUCAUAUAUGCAUAUAUUAUUGUCUUUAGAUUA